AUGGAGUGUAGUAAUAAAAAAUUUACGUUACAUUUAUUUUAUUCAACAAAUUACGCUUUUUUUGUAGGAGUUACAACUCAUAUGGAACUGUCCAAAACAGCUUUCCUUUCAAAUUUAGCACAACUUAUCCCGAUGCCAGAUUGUAAUCAGUCACCACGUAACAUGUACCAGUGUCAGAUGGGUAAACAAACAAUGGGAACACCUUGUCAUAAUUGGGAUUUGCAGUCUGAGACUAAACUGUAUAGAUUACAAACACCAAGCACUCCUCUUUUCAGACCUGUCCAUCACGAUAACAUUUUUUUGGAUGAUUUUGCAAUGGGAACGAAUGCCAUUGUUGCCGUAAUCAGUUACACUGGUUAUGAUAUGGAAGACGCUAUGAUAAUUAAUAAAGCGUCCGAAGAACGUGGUUUAGCACACGGUUCGAUAUACAAAUCAGAAUUUAUCGAGUUAGAUCAUCCCACUUCUUACUUUGCUAGAGAUCCUGAUGCCAAAAAUUUAUCUCAGUACAUGGAUUCUGAUGGCUUGCCAUAUGUAGGAAGGAAGAUAUCUAAUGACGAGCCUUUAUACUGUUUUUAUGAUUGUGACAAGUCCACAUAUGUAGUAAAGAUGGUUAAAGGCAAGGAAGAGUGUUAUUUGCACAGUGUGAAAUUGUGUGGAAGAGUAGAAGUUAAAAGUCCUUGCAAAAUAGCUUGCUUAACAUACAGAGUUCCACGUAAUCCCAGUGUGGGUGAUAAGUUUGCUAGUAGGGCUGGCCAGAAAGGUAUUUGUUCCCAGAAGUGGCCUGCUGAGGAUUUGCCGUUUACGGAGACGGGACUGGUUCCCGACAUUGUGUUUAAUCCUCAUGGUUUCCCGUCUCGUAUGACCAUUGCUAUGAUGAUCGAAAUAAUGGCAGGGAAAUCGGCUGCCUUGCAUGGUCUCGUGCACGAUGCCACUCCCUUUAGAUUUACUGAAGAAGAUACGGCUAUAGAUUAUUUUGGUAGGCUUUUAGAACAGGGUGGUUAUAAUUACUACGGGACUGAAACUAUGUAUUCUGGCAUUGAUGGUCGAGAAAUGACCGCACAGAUCUUCUUUGGUGUUGUACACUACCAGAGACUAAGGCAUAUGGUUUCGGACAAGUGGCAGGUAAGAUCUACUGGCCCGACAGAUAUUUUAACUAGGCAACCCUUGAAAGGAAGAAGGAGAGGUGGUGGUGUUCGUUUCGGUGAAAUGGAACGUGAUUCAUUGAUAAGCCAUGGAGCAUCGUUUUUAUUGCAAGACAGGUUACUGCACUGUUCGGAUGAAACAACGGCUUUCAUCUGUACGUCUUGUGGGACGCUUUUAGGACCAGUGACGGAGAUUAUAGAAAUGGCAGAUAAACCACAUCAUAGCGAAACGAAGGAAACUUGUAGAUUGUGCGGACAUGGGAAAAAUAUUUCUGAAAUAAAAAUACCUUAUAUAUUUAAGUUUUUCGUGACACAAUUAGCAUCUUGCAAUAUUAACGUCCGGCUGAAAUGUCAAGAAAUAUGAGUUUUAAAUAUUUUUUAAGCUGUUGUAGUUAAUUAAGGAAAUACAUUGUUUUUUUUUU